CAGCGCGUGGUCUGUCGGGGCUCGGGGGGUGCUCUGCCUGCAGGUAGUCCGCAGAAGCAGUCAGGAGGAAAAGCUACUGUGCCUGGUGCGCGAGCGAGCGGGCCACACGUGUGAGACAGCCGUGAUCGUGAUCCUCAUCCUGGUCUGGGAGGGAAUCCCAACGAGCCUGGCUGACAAGCUCUACUCCGAGCUCACCGACACCCUGAGGAAGUACGGCACGCUCACGAACCGGCGGUGCGCGCUCAACGAAGAGCGAACCUGCACUUGUCAAGGGCUGGACCCUGAAACCUGUGGUGCUUCAUUUUCCUUUGGUUGCUCCUGGAGCAUGUACUACAACGGUUGUAAGUUUGCCCGAAGCAAGAUUCCAAGAAAGUUUAAGCUGAUGGGGGAUGACCCAAAAGAGACAGCGGUACCGCGCGAGAGACCAGGGCCCGGAGCCCUGCAUGAGCGGCGUGGGGUCGGGAUCGAUCUCGGGCACGGAGCCAGCGAGCUGGCUGCCCGAAUUCUGACAGCCGGGAGAAGGCUGAGACUUGAAGCCACGUCUGCAGGCUCUCCCGGUGAGAGGAGGGGCACGGCCGGCCGGGUCGGCAUCCCGCAGCGGCAGAGCCGAAGGUUCACCAGCCGGAGGCACGAGGAGAAACUGGAGUCCAAUUUGCAGAAUCUGUCGACCCUCAUGGCCCCCACCUACAAGAAGCUCGCUCCUGACGCGUAUAACAACCAGAUCGAGUACGAACACAGAGCGCCCGAGUGCCGCCUGGGUUUGAAAGAAGGCCGCCCGUUCUCAGGGGUGACUGCCUGCCUGGACUUCUGUGCUCACGCCCACCGGGACCUGCACAACAUGCAGAACGGGAGCACGCUGCGUCUCGCUGUGAACGAGACGGUGCGGGUUCAGUCGGAGCGGGUCUGUGGGUCACCGGAGAGAAGGUCCCGGCCGGGCUGA